UCAGUUCCCUGACAGCUCCAGGACAAGCUGAUCGGGACAGAAGAGUUUCUCUCUCCGGAUCAGCGGUGUUCCCUGCAGUACACACCCCCGCACCCUAUAAAACACAACACAGUACACAGUUAACCCUUUGAUUGCCCCAAAUGUUAACCCCUUCCUGCCCAGUGUCAUUAGUACAGUGCCAGUGCUUUUUAUUAGCACUGAUCACUGUAUUGGUGCCACUAGGGAUGUCAGUGGUAGUCAGUUCCCCCCCAGUGUCAGAAUGCCUGCCGCAGUCCCACUAU